AUUUCGCAUUUCCUUCCCUGCUCUCUGUCUCAUUGCUGCGACUGCUUAUCAACAAUCUCAAGAUUGGAACUUCAAACUCUCUCUCUCUUUCUCUCUCUAGAUAUCUCCUCUCCUGCAGCGCCUUUCUCUUUCUAUCACCAUCUCUCUGAAUGAUUGAAGUUGUUGAAUUCUGUGGCAUAUCAAUCCCAUUCAAUUUCAUUUGCUUUCAGUUUUCUUGAUUGCCACAAAACUUUCGACCAAAAUCCGGAGUGGAAUCAGUUUCAAAAACUGAAAAGAUCAAAUCUUUUUUAUUUGUACCCCUUGAAUAGUAUAUUGUUGAUGGAAUAUUUCAGCUCUGUUUUACUUCAGUGUUGCUUCAAUCUAAAGCUUAUGUUAUGAGGAAAUCCACAAAAUUACGAAUCAAUUUGUUCAGUGAGCAAUGCAUUUAAGUGACGCUUGUAUCAAAAAAAAGUAUCAGAGAAAUUCACCAAACUAUUUAUGUUCUGAUCAUUAGGACGCUGAUUAAAGAACUUUUAGGAAAUGGGAUGCCUUGUAUCGACUGCCAGGGACGUGGGUGGAAACAAGGGGAGACCAGCAAGGAUUGGAGAUGUUGCUGUGUUUGUUCCAGGCUUACGGAUCCCUAAGCCUGUUGAUUUCUCUCAGUCAUUAGGCGAUUACCUAAAUAAAAACUCAGUGGAACAACUUUCUGCUCUCAGAACCAGAAUAGUAGUUAUGGCAGGGCAAGAAGCUCCAACAAUUACAAGAACGAGAAGGAGGACAGCUACUCAACAUGUUGUUCCUGCAGGAGGUUCAACGCUGGGCGAUCUUCUUCAGGCCCUCGAAGACUAUUUGCCAGUUCUUUUGGGAUUGGUUAAAGAUGGCAAUCCUUUGCAACAGAAAGUACAGUUUGUUUGGGUCAAUCAAGAGGAUGAAGCAGAGGAAACCACAAUGCAUAGUGCUUGGUAUGAAGUAUUAUCUGUUUUGCACUUGAUGGCAACACUAUCACUAUCACAAGCUAAUUUGUUGCUUCUUCCGAGAGCAUCCACUGAUGGUUAUCAGCCAAAGGUAUCAGAAGAGAGUCGACGAUCCUCUAUUGAUGUUUUCUUGAAGGCAGCUGGUUACCUUGAUUGUGCUGUCCGACAUGUUCUCCCACAGUUGUCCAGUGAACUCAGGAGAAAUCUUCCAGUAGACCUUGCUGAAGGAGUCUUACGAGCACUUUGCCUCCAAGCACUAGGGCAGGGUGUUGACAUUCAGCUUGGGCUUGCAAUUGACAGUACCAAAGCCACACUAGCCGUGAAAAGAAGACUUGCUUGUGAGAUGGUAAAAUACUGGCAGCAGGCCCAAGAUAACAUCAAGAACCUUCCACUAACAAAUGGUUGGGGAGAAAAGCAUAGGCUAUUCUUGAAUUGGAAGUACAUCGAAGCUAAGGCUGCAGCAUACUACUAUCAUGGUCUAAUUCUUGAUGAAGGGAAUACAGAGAAGUCCCGUGGAAUGGCUGUUGCUGCUCUGCAAGCAGCAGAUGAAUAUCUCAAAGAGAGCAAGAAAGCAUGUGAAGCUUUUAAUUCAUCUGUUCCUGUCUCUAGGAACCAGCCUCUUUGGGGAACCAUGAAGUAUCUGUCUGAAAAGAUUCCUAAGGAUACUUCUAGCAAGGUGCAAAUCAACAGGGAUCUAUACUCUCAUGAAAAAAUUAUGGAGAGAGCACCAGCAUUGCCGGACUUUGCCUUGGCUCUCAAACCUGAUGAGUAUCAGCUUCCUCUUGUGGAUGCAUCUUGGAAUGAAGAAGCAAUUAACGGUCAGUUCAACCAGGAACAAGCCUGAAGUGUAGCUAUCCAUUAGGUGUCUGGAGGAUCUCGAAUUCGUCAUAUACUUGUGGUACAUAUCACAUCACAUGUACGAAGAAGGAUUAGGAAUGGGCCUACCACCAUUCUUUUCAUUUUUGUGAUUUCGUGUACGAAAGGUUCAACUCUAUUCCUUUCCCCCUUACUUCUUUCAGCCCUCUUUUACUUUUCUUUUCUGUUCUUUUGUGAAUUUUUAUUGCUCAUUUCCUGUAGAAACUGUAAUCCUCGCAAAAGUAGAGCCUUGUACAUGACAUGACUGCAAUCUUGAAUCUCAAAGUAAAGAAUAUAAAGUUCCAUCAUCA